AUGCCGAAGAAAAUGCGAAAGCAAAAUCAGCUGAGGAAAACGCCGCCGAUGGAAGAUCGGAUCAGCGCCUUACCGGACGAAAUCCUCCGCUAUAUCCUCUCAUUUCUGCCAACCAAAUUGGCAUUCACCACCAGUGUCCUCUCCAAGCGGUGGAACCCAAUCUGCUACUCGCUCACCACCCUCCAUUUCGACGACAAAGCCGAAGAAGAUGUAGAGACCUACACCCGCUUCCGCCGCUUCGUCGACAAUGUUCUCCUCUCCCCGCGCGUCCAGCACCACCCUAUCGAGACGCUCUCCAUCGUGUCUCACUCCGAGCUCUGCCAUGACCUAAGCCGCCGGUUCAACAUGGAUGAGUGGAUCGAAGCUGCAAAACGACGUGGCGUCAAGAAUUUCCAGCUCUCGAGCUCGACAAUACAUAUUCACUUGCGCUUGUUGCCCAGUAUUUUCAGCUCCUUCAAAACCCUCGUGGUUCUGAAGCUGAGUGGGAUAAUCAUUGAAUAUGGUACUGUUGGUCCUGUUGAUUUUCCCUCACUCACAACCCUUCAUUUGAUUGGCGUUUUGUUUUGUCAAAGGGAUGGUGUGAUGAAAAUUCUUAAUGGGUGUCCCAUUGUUGAGGACUUGUAUGUUACAGCUCCGAGUUUUGAACUUGGCUACCCUACAGGGUUUAAACCCAUGCCCCAGGUUGUGAAAGCACAUAUCAACGCUUUUAAUGUUCCUUUCAAUGCAAUUCCUAAUGUAGAGUCUCUACACAUUGAGGAGAUUGAGCGUAGAGAUAAAGACAAUUAUAUCAAUUCCUACUACAGACAAAUGCCUGUGUUUCGAAACUUAAUCAGCAUUGAGCUAACCUUUCAUCGCUUCCGUGGCUGGUUUGAUGUAGUGGAAGUGCUCCCUUAUUGUCCCAAUCUUCAAUCUCUUGCCAUUGAAAAGGGUAAGUAUAGGACAAUUAUUGAAGCGAAUUUGGAACAUACCAUAGAACCUGCUGUUGUUCCAGAAUGUGUUUCAUUGCACCUUAGAACAUGUUCUGUUAGAAACUAUCCAGUUAAAAGCAUGUAUGAAGAUUUUGAUUUGGCAGCAUAUAUCCUACAAAAUGCGAGGGUUUUACAAGUGCUGACUAUUCACAUUGACCCUCAUCACUCAACGAAAUCUGAGAAGGACCAACUUUUCAAAUAUUUAUCCAGGUGCCCGAAGAUCUCUCAAACAUGUGAAAUUGAGUGCUACUAG